AUGGCCUCCUGGGUGGAAGCGGAAUUACUGGCCCAGAGCAGCGAGGGAGGAGACUGGAGAGGCCGAGCCUGCCUGACCCUCCUUCCGCGGAGGGUGGGGCGAGGGGUCAGGUGCAGGGAGAGGCGCCUGGAGAGGGAGAGGAGCCCGUCUCGGCCGGCCCGCCUGUGCCUGAAGCACAGUGCCGGGGAGGUGACCCGAAGCCCGGGAGAGGGUCCCAGCGCACCGAGGACCCUUGAGUCUUCAUCCACCGGCCUUCUCCUGCGGGGCUGCCCACGGGGACGCCCCUCGGCCCCGUCCCGACCCCACCCACGAGGCCCCAGAGCCCGAGGUGGGCGGGACCGGCUCGGUCCUCCGGGAGGACCCCGUCGGGACAGCUUCACCCAUGCGGGGAGGGGGCGCCCCUCAGAGGCCCUGGCGAGCCCGUCCACCGCGUUUGCUUUAACUCGAGUCGAGCGCAGAGCGAGGGCCUGGCGAGGGCUCCACCGCCGAGCCUGGCACAAAAGUCUCCCUGAGCUUUUCAACACGCGGAAUAACGUGGGCACCGUGGCCCAGCUCUGGGUCUACCCGAUCAAGUCCUGCAGGGGGGUAGCGGUGCCCGAGGCCGAGGUCACUGCGCUGGGGCUGCGCGUGGGACACCUGCGCGACAGGUUUUGGCUUGUGAUCAAUGAGGAUGAGAACAUGGUGACUGCUCGACAGGAGCCUCGCAUGGUCCUGAUUUCUCUGAGCUGUGAAGGCGACACCCUGACUCUCAGCGCAGCCUACACUAAAGACCUGCUGCUGCCUAUCAAAACACCCGCCACCAACCCAGUGCGCACGUGCAGGGUGCAUGGCCUGGAGGUGCAGGGCCGGGACUGUGGUGAGGCGGCUGCACAGUGGAUCACCAGCUUCCUGCAGUCGAAGCCCUACCGCCUGGUGCACUUUGAGCCCCACAUGCGGCCCCGGAGCUCUCAGCAAGUCAGGGCUCCGUUUGGGCCCUUGGAUCAGGUCGCCUACUCGGAUGCCAGCCCAUUCCUGGUCCUUUCUGAGGCCUCCCUGGCUGACCUGAACUCCAGGCUGGAGAAGAAAGUGAAAGCGACCAACUUCAGACCCAACAUUGUCAUCUCCGGAUGCGGGGUCUACGAAGAGGACACCUGGGACGAGCUCCUCGUUGGGAACACACGGCUGAGAAGAGUGAUGGCCUGCUCCAGGUGUGUCCUCACCACGGUGGACCCAGACACUGGCAUCAUGAACAGGAAGGAGCCGCUGGAGACGCUGAGGAGUUACCGCCAGUGCGACCCCUCAGAGCAGAAGUUAUAUGGGAAGUUACCCCUCUUCGGACAGUACUUUGCUCUGGAAAGUCCAGGGAAAAUCAGACUGGGAGAUGCUGUGUAUUUGCUGGGCUAGUAGCCGGGCCUCGUGUCCCGGAACACCAGAUGCCUUUCGAAUGUCCGAAAAUGCCAACACGUGACACGCAGAGUUCCAGAUCUGACCGCUCCUGUCUUCCUCAGAUCUGCAGCUUUCACAUUUUCCUAGGGAUGAGAGAAUCAGAGCCAGACGGAGACCGGUGAGACUUCCUGGGUGCUGUGGUUCAGAUCUGAAACGUGCACCGCAAGUGUCAGGUGUGUGGAGGGUGUUGCAUCACCGGACAUGGUACUCCCAGGACUCAUCCUGGUGCCCUCGAGGAGCCCCCUGGAUGUUUCUCAGUCCAGCCAGGUUGUUGGAUCAGGUUAACCAACAGAUUCACCCCUUCUCGGCUCGACAUCUCCGUAAACCAUACUGACCUCCACAUAAAGAUAGCAGCAAGCUCGUAAUUGUGCCUCAUGUGAUACAACUAUUCGGCACACAACCAGGAAUGCACUCGCUCUCUCUCCAAAGACUGAAAAAGUGCCGACAUUUUUCAGAAGCCCAAGUCCAAGUUGUUUCUGAGAUUCGAGGCAAAAUUUUGGCUGGAACAUUUGUAAAAAAUAAAUUGCGUGACCCUAA